AUUCACCUCAUUUUUCCUCGCGCUGGAAAGCCAAAAUCCAUGUUUCUCUCUCAAAGUUUCAGUUUGUUCUCCUUCUCCGACCAAGAUGUAUGGAGAAGAACACAGACGACCGUUUAUUCCUUGCCUCACAAUAACCCCAGAGGAAGACAAGGACCGGUGUACUUUUAGAACCACAGUGUCGACACGGACGAGCUCUUAGCAUCGAUACCCUAAACCCAGAACGAGCAAGAACUCUUCUCCCUUUUAUUGGAUCUUCUGGAUUGGAUCAAUGAAGAGGCGAGUGCCUUCGGUCAUUCGGUGAUUGCAUAUGAUGGUGGCAUGGUGCCAUUCGCAAUGUGCCUCAAGCGAAUUGCAAUGGGAGCUCGCACACCGGAUGUUCGAGGAAAUGCUCCAUAGUGCUCUGCUCCUGUGCUUAUAGUGAUAGAUGAAGCAAGGCCGUUGAAGCUUGCGAGAAAGCUGCAUGGUUAUUCCAAGGCUAUAUCUAUCUUCUCUAGGUUGAAGAGGUCUGGCACAUCCUUGUGGCAUAUUAUUCAAGGAUUAACGUUUUCAUAAACGCCAAGUUGUUCAGGAAGCUAAGUUGCUGCUUAAUAGGUGAUGACGGAUAAUGAUGUUAUAAUGCCUGAUACAGUUUGCCAGACAACCCUUUUUAACCAUGUAUGUUGAGAAUCAGAACUUUCUUGAGGCAUUAUCUGUGUUUGAUGAGAUGUAAGGAAGUGAAGUGCUGACUUGAUCUUACUACUUGGAAAUAUAAGGAUUGAGGUUUAUGGACAGCUUGACAUAGCUAAAGAAGUUGACAGGCUGUUCUGAAGCUUGAUGAAUAAUUAGGGAUUGAAAACCUAAUGUUGUUAGUUAUAAUACAAUUUUGAUAGUAUUUGGGUUAAGCUGAAUUCAAAGAUCCAACUUUACAACUGCAGAAGAAGGACAUUGAACAGAAUGUUAUUACUUGUAGCACCAUGAUUAAGAUAUAUGGGAAAACUCUUGAGCAAGAAGAGGUUACCAAUCUUGUUCAAGAGAUGCAGAACAGAGGCAUUGAACAUAAUUCCAUCACAUAUUCAACCAUAAUAUCUCUAUAUGGGGUAAGCCAGGACGACUGGAUAGAUCUGCAAAGCUAUUUCAGAAGCUAAGGAGCUCUGGGGUUGAGAUUGAUCAUGUCCUCUAUCAAACAAUGAUUAUUGCCUAUGAAAAUGCUGGUUUGGUUGAUCAUGCCAAGUGCUUUCUCUACACAAGCUUAAGAAACCGGACAAUAUUCCUAGGGUGACUGCAAUUUCAGUUGUUGCUGGAGCAAGAUGGAUUGAAUAGGCUACAUGGCUUUCCACUGGGCUUUUGAUGCUGGGAGCUAAAGCGUAUAUCUGUAUUUGGGUGUAUGGUUGAUCUUUAUUCUUGGAACAAGAAGCAUGCCAAUUUCAUCAAGGUUUUUGAGUUCCAGAAGAUGAGAUGAAUUGGGUAUUUUCCUGAUUCUGAUGUGAUUGCUCUUGUUCGUAAUGCCUAUGGAAAGUUGUGGGAUCAGUUUGAUCAGAAAGCAGAUGCUGUAUAUAGGGAGAUGCAGGUCCACUUCCAGAUUCUGAGUCUGAGGGAGAAGUUAGUGUUAUGUUCAGUUUGAUCAGAAAGCAGAUAGUGCAAUAGCCCCACCCAUUAUGGUGCCAGAAAGGACUUUAAGAUGGUUAGUCGGUGUUUUCAAAAAGCAGGAUUCUGAUCCUAACAUUAACAAGAGAAAGUUAUAUCUUGUUGUUGCCAGCAUUUGUGAAAAAGCCAAUAUUCACCAACAGGGUAAAAAAAGAGGUCUUCCCAAAAAUUGAGCAAUCUAAAUCUUCUUCUUUGUUGGAUAUAUUUUUGUUACUGUUGUAAAUUAAUGCUAUUUUUCCUUGAUAAGGUUAUAAAUUGCAUUCUGUGUG